AACAACACUGUGUGUGUGAGGGAUAUAUAUAUCCCACACACACACAGCGUUGUUGUGUGUUCCCAGUCACUGUUUAUUUUGUGUGUGUGUGUGUGUGUGUGUGUGUGUGUGUGUACACACACUUUAAGAGCUGCACAUUACUGUCAAAAAGAUUUUGUAUAAUUUUCCACUAUUUUUUUCUUGUUUCCUCAACUUCUGUAAAUAAUUCAUUUUCCAGAUUGAUAUGCUGAAAUUUUACUUGAGCAAACAUAUGAAUGAUUAUUGUACAAGAAAUGAAACUCAUGUAGAACAAAAGUCUCUUUGUUUUUGUUUAACUGACAGAAAAUUUGAAGUCAUAUCCUGCUUUGUAAGAAAUAGAAUAGACAUUAUAAGAAAAAUGACCUUAAUUUCACUCAAAAAAGGAAAAAAAAAAAAAAGAAACAGGAAUUGAAACAUGUUCAUGAAUGCCUCUCUCUGUAAUUGGACCCCAGAUGUCCUGACUGAUAGGCCCCAUUCGGUCUCCACAGGACAUAACACCUCCAGGGUCCUCAGACUGAGCAUAGGCAUCCCCCAAGGCUGCAUACUCAGCCUGCUGCUGUUUACUCUGCUGAUGCACAACUGUGCUGCCCAGCACAGCUCAAAUCACGUCAAGUUUGCAGACAGUACAACAGUAGUGGGUCUCAUCAGUAACAAUAAUGAGUCUGCAUACAAAGCAGAGGUCAAGCAUAUGGUGGAAUGGUGUCAGGACAAUAACCUGACUCUUAAUGCUGAGAAGUUUAAAGAGGUGGUUGUUGACUUCAGAAAGAACUCAGUUGCUUGCUCCCCACUGCACAUCAAUGGCUCUACUGUUGAAACAGUCAGUAGUGUGAAGUUCUUGGGAGUGCAAAUGGAAGACAACCUCUCCAAGACCCUGAACACCACCACCAUCACCAAGAAAGCUCAACAGCAUCUACACUUUGUGCAAAAGCUGAAGAAGGCCAGCUUCCCUCCUCACAUCCUCCUAUCUUUCUACCAAGGGACCAUUGAGAGUGCUCUCUGCUGUUACAUCACUGUCUGGUUUGGAAACUGCACCAUCGCUGAACAAAAGUUCCUGCAGUGGAUAAUGAGGACAGCAGAAAGGUAUAGAAAUGCCAUUCACUGGAAAAGAAAAGGUGUUUUGUGUGUUAGAGUAUGCUCGGACACAGUUGAACAAGACUGUGCAGCAUGCAUUUAUGAGAGAAUUCUCUAAAAAUGCACCAAUUGCAAUGCAGAUUUGGACAUGGCACAAAAAGUUCAAAGAGGAAGGCUGUCUGUACAGCAGGGCAAAAGGAUCUGGACGACCACCAGCAUCAGAAGAGAUGGUCGAGCGGGUCCACAAAUAUUGAAAAUUUGUGAAAUCAUUCAUGAAAUCCACAUAACUUUUGAAUUUCUUAUUCAAAUUUUGAGGAAUAAGAAGUCUUAUAUUGGGGAAUUUUGAGGAAUAAGGGAUCUUAUAUUGCUCAACAUUAAGCCUGUUCAGUUUCAUUUGCCUAGACUAUGUAG